UAAAAAUAAAAAAAAUGUUAGGAAAUGGCCGAAAAGUUGGGAGAGGUCCAUCAUUGAAGAGAUAAAAUUAUUUUUUUUUUAUUUUUAAUGGAAAAAGGAGGGGAAGGCAAAAGUGGCAUUUUCCUCUCAUUCAAUCAUAUUAUUAUUUUUUUUAUGUAAAUAGUGACAGACCGUUGGCCAUUUUUUAAAAGUUUUUUUGCAUGUUCUCUACAUUGAGUGUUGAAAUGUUGAAAAAUAAAUAAAAGUAUUUCAGGAUAAAUUCAAAUUAAUUUUAUAUAAACGGGAAAAAUUUUAACAAAAAUAUUUCAGUAGAAAAUAGCUAAAAAUGCUAUAUAGUCAUGUAACUUUAUUAAUGCUAAGAGUUAUGGAUGUUGUUACUAAAACAUCUGUCCAGCAAUCUGCAAGAAUGCUUGUUGCCGAAAUUCCGGGUGAUAUUCAAAUUGGUGCUCUUUUCCCAAUGCAUCGUCAAAUAGCUGGUGCUGAGGGGUGUGGUGCUAUUUGGGAACAAUAUGGUUAUUUAGCAUCAAAAAACUAUAUCGUUAUUAAUUAUAAAGGAAUUCAACGUGCUGAAGUAGCAAUACUUACGAUCCAAGAAUUAAAUAAAAUACUUCCAUUCCGGCUUGGAAUAAGUAUUCGAGACUCUUGUUGGACAGAAAGAAUAGCAAUGGAACAAGUUUCAUUUAAAAUAUAUCCUCUCAAAUACCUAAUUAUUUUAUCAAAAAAAAAGACAAUAGCAUUUUUGAGAGAGGGUGUUACUCAAUGUUCUUGUUGUCAAACAGCUGGAUGUCAAAAGAAGGCAAACCCUGUUGUUGCUAUUGUUGGCCCUGCAAAGUCUUCAACUACCAUAGCUGUACAGAACCUUCUUCAAGUCUUUCGAAUACCCCAAAUUGGAUACGCCGCUACCACUACAGAUUUAAGUGAUAAAGAACAGUUUGGAUAUUAUCUUAGAGUUGUGCCUUCCGACGCCUGGCAAGCUAUGGCUAUCAGCCAACUUUUAAUGCAUUUCGGGUGGACUUAUAUUGCUGUUGUUUAUAGCGCUGGUAAUUUAAAAUAUAAAAUUAAGAAUAUUUCGUUUGUAGGAAAUUAUGGCGAGAAGGGAUUUGAAGCAAUGGAGCGCCUUACACACGCCCCGGGUAUUGAUGUUUGUAUAGCACAUGCACAAAAAGUAAAAACUAUGGGAGAGAAUGAAGAAUUUGAGAAUGUACUUCUUGUAUUGAAUGAAUUAAAUCCUCGUCCUAAAGUGGUUGUUUGUUUUUGUGAGGGAAGAAGUUUAAAUAAAUUAUUCCAAGCUCAAAAAGCAUUAAGAAUGGGCAAACGCUCAUCAAUAACUACUUAUAACAAUACAACAUUUGAUAAAGGGAUAAAACGCAUUGAGGCUUUUCAAUGGAUUGGAAGUGAUGGAUGGGCGGAUAGACUAGAUGUAGUUGAAGGCGUUGAAACUGAGGCUGCCGGAAGCUUUUCUUUCCGUAUUCAUUCCCCUCGAGUCGAAAAAUUCGAGCCAUAUUAUUAUUCACUAGAGCCGGCCAAUCAAAGUAUAAAGAAUCCCUGGUUUAGAGAAUUUUGGCAACAAAAAUUUAAAUGUCUUUUAACCGUUCCUAAGGAUGAUACUUUUUCCGAACUUUGUGAUGUUAGUUCUCAGAAUUUAUCUGUUGGCUAUGAACAGGACCCAAAACUUAGUCAGGUGAAGAAUAAUUUUAGAUUCUUCUACAAAAUUAAAAUUUUAUUUAACAAUUGUGUUAAUUUAUACUAA